ACAAAUCUGACAAACACGCACAUGACCUCGGCCUGUUUUAUUUCCGUACACAAUAUGCCAUGGGAUGAUCAGAGAUUGUUAUCUUUGCAUUGAUACCAUAUUGCAAUGCUCAGCUAGACACCCUGCUCCCAAGCUCUGGACAUUUUCGCGUUCAUUCACAAUAUAAACAAUGUCCAAUCUUGAUACGAGCGUUUCUUGGACAAACCCUUCCAUUCAGGACGAUGACAGCGAGGACGAGAGUGACAGUACUGACACCUCGGCGAGAACCCCUCAUCGCUGUACUUCCGUCGUUUGUCACUGUGAUGUGGUUGAUGAAACAAGGGAGCUACUGGGCACUUCAAGAGGGGACUCGACACCUCAAUCAGCUGACAAUAGCCCACUCAUUUCUUCCUCAUCAUCUGGUAAUCAUUGUCAUGAUGAUACACCACUGGGAAAGGUGGACAAGAGUGCACGACGGAAACUCAUAAUAGCCAGUGUCCUGUGUCUUCUGUUCAUGAUCGGAGAGAUUGUUGGUGGUUUCCUGGCUCACAGCCUGGCUCUGAUCUCGGACGGGGCCCACCUCCUCACUGACUUUGCCAGCUUUAUGAUCUCAUUACUAGCCCUGUACCUCGGUACAAGGAGGUCCACCAAGAAGCUCAGCUUUGGCUGGUACAGAGCUGAGGUGCUUGGAGCGCUGGUGUCCAUCCUCCUCCUGUGGGUGCUGACUGGCAUCCUCUGCUACUCAGCUGGACUCCGCAUCGUGGAAGACAACUAUGAAAUCAACGCUGAGAUCAUGCUCAUAACUGCUGCUUGUGGGGUGUUCUUUAAUGUUGUCCUUGGCGUCACCCUUCAUCAAAGUGGUCACGGUCAUUCUCAUGGUGGUCUCUCCCACGCUCACUCUCACGGUCACUCCCACAGUCACGACCGAUCAAUUGACUACAAUUCCUUCAAAGAAGAUGAUGCCUUCUCAACCACCAGACCGAAGUAUGGCAGCAUCUCAGAAACACAUGAUGAGACACAUCAGCACAAGAAAAAGGACUCUAAUAUCAAUGUGAGAGCUGCAUUUGUCCAUGUAGUUGGAGAUCUGCUUCAGAGUGUUGGAGUACUUGUAGCUGCUCUUAUUGUAUAUUUCAAGCCUGAGUGGAAGAUUGCUGACCCCAUUUGUACAUUUCUGUUUUCUGUGUUUGUUGUCGUGACAACAGUGACUAUUCUCAGGGACAUUCUGGUCGUCCUCAUGGAAGGUACACCCAGGAAUAUCAGCUUUGCUGAAGUAAGGGAUGCGUUUUUCACAGUCAAGGGCAUCAAAGACAUUCACAAUCUACGUUUGUGGUCCCUUACCAUGAAUAAAACAGCACUUUCAGUUCAUAUUGCAGUCGAAAAAGAUGCAGACCCUUUGAAAGUGAUCAAGAUAGCAUCAUUCUUGGUACAGAAGAAGUUUGGCCUGACAGAGACAACAAUGCAGAUCGAAGAGUACACCACAGACAUGCUGAAGUGUUUACACUGCCAGCACUUGAAGGAUUAAAGGGGGAAACUCUGUGGUCUGACAUCCAUAAAUUUAGACCUUUAUCUGUAUCACUUCUAAAUUCCAUUCAAAGACUUGAAAGAUUAGACUGUGUUGUUACAUAUUUGUGAUUGCUGGUUUUCAGUCUUGGAAACAUUAUCAAGGAAGAUGGGAACAGAAUUUAGAUGAGAUACCAGGUUUGGGGUACAGACUUGACAGGGCAGACUCUGAUGCAUCUAAUUAGACUUAAGGGUAACUUGGAGAAACCCCAUUUUUGUGGUACAGGGUUGGCAGAGAAGAACUCUGAUACAUCUUAUUAGACUUAAGGGUAGCUUGGAGAAACCCCAUUUUUGUGGUACAGGGUUGACAGAGCAGACUCUGAUACAUCUUAUUAGACUUAAGGGUGACUUGGAGAAACCCCAUUUUUGUGGUACAGGGUUGACAGGGGAGACACUGAUACAUCUUAUUAGACUUAAGUGUAACUUGGAGAAACCCAGUUUGGGGUACAGGGUUGACAGAGAAGAACUCUGAUACAUCCUAUUAGACUUAAGGGUAACUUGGACAUACUCGGUUUGGGGUACAGGGUUGACAGGGCAGACACUAGUGCAGUGAUGUUGAAUAUUGGUUUAGUUAAAAAAACAAUUCCAGUGUAAUCAUUUUAAGAGUUAUAUAAUAUGUUACAUUAGGCAUCUUAGUCAUUGUUAGAACUGGUGUACUAAUAGAAUUCACUGAUGGUUAGUUUUGUUGUUCUGUGUCAAGUCCAUGAGCCAUCAUAGUCAUCAAGCAGCGUUAAUUCCCAACAAUGUCUACUCCUCGCCACUACCCCUGACUGCCAAACACACUUCCUGUCAAAAUGGAAGGGAGACGUAAUGUUUUGGGCUCAGUUCCUGUUUGCACUGGCAUCAGCAUCAGCGUUUCCAUCCUCGCCUGAACCAUAACUUGACAACUGUUCUGUGUCUUUCAACUAGAAUUCACAUUGGUUUUGCUUAUCAGCUUAACAGGUUCCUUUUUACUAUUUUGCAGUUAAAAUCUGUUUUCUUUUGUUCCCUUAAAAACAAUUUAAACAUCAUCCCAAACAGCUGUACACUCCUUCCAAGCCAGUACUCUCAAACCAGUAAAUACUAUGCAUGAAACUAAAUGUGUAGUGCCCUCAUGCUCUACAAUUCCCUUUUUGUAUUUUUAAUGUUUUCAAAUUCUUUUGUUGCCAUGGAAACCAAUGGUAACUUCUGUACCUGCUUUAGAGUCUUUCCAUUAAGCAUAAUGAUACUGCUUGUUCAUUUUUGGUAUGGGGCGGUUGGGUUGCCUAGUGGUUAAAGCAUUUGCUCGUCACGAUGAAGACCUGGGUUUGAUUCCCCACAAUUGUGAAGCCCAAAUCAGGUGUCCCCGCUGUGAUAUUGCAGGAAUAUUGCUAGACGCAGUGUAUAAGCAAACUCACUCACUCACUCAUUAUUGGUACAUCUACUUGCACAAUACAAUAAUCUAUCAGCCAUACUGUUGUUAAAUGUUCAACAGCCUUACCUGCCGAAACAGGGCAACAAGGAACCAUGUGGUGCUGCUUAAUGCAUUAAUCAGGACUUGUACUUGUAUUUUUUGCUAUUAUUGCUCUUUUAGAUUUGCAAACACAUUUAUCAUGACAACUUUCAUGUAUUGUAAAUAUGGAUCAGGGAGAUAAUGCAUAAUUACAUAUUGAUAUAUGUAUAGUGUAGAAUACAAUGGGAUAGAUGAUUGAUCAGGUGAACUGUAAACAUAUGGGUAAUAAUGAGGAGAUAGCAAAGUAAAUGGUUCACUGGAUUGACACAUGUGUUGGAGACUUAAGGGAAACUGGGAGAUAACAAGGUAGAGGGUUGACUGGAUUGACACAUGUGUUGGAGACUUAAGGGAAACUGGGAGAUAACAAGGUAGAGGGUUGACUGGAUUGACACAUGUGUUGGGGACUUAAGGGAAACUGGGAGAUAACAAGGUAGAGGGUUGACUGGAUUGACACAUGUGUUGGGGACUUAAGGGAAACUGGGAGAUAACAAGGUAGAGGGUUGACUGGAUUGACACAUGUGUUGGAGACUUAAGGGAAACUGGGAGAUAACAAGGUAGAGGGUUGACUGGAUUGACACAUGUGUUGGGGAC